AUGAGCUGGAGGAAACGUUGUAAUCAAGCAGGUCGCGAUCGUGAUUUGAACGCCGGUAGCGAGUGCAAAAGCGGUUUGCGAAGCACCCCACCAGCAACCCUCAAGUACUCGCGGGAAGGUGGAAGACAAUUAGGUCCACAUACAUGUGUGAUAUGUAAAUCCAUGGUAGAAGGAGGAAAUCAAAGUCGCGCAUUAUCUCGAAGUCAUGCGUCCCAAUACGGAUUGCGUGAAGAUCAAAUCCAGCCAGGAUCUCGAGUUUGCAAUACCUGCAGAUGUAAAGCCGUGAGAGGUCGGUACACUGCUUGUCCGCUUCCAGGGUGUCCGAAUGUCAAUAACUCGAGCGCGAAAACGCGAGUGAAGCGACUGCGUGCUUUGCCGUCCAAGUGGAUGGAACUGCCCGCAGAAGUCUGGGAGCCUGUUGUCCAGGAGUUCCAGAUUCCGAACAACGCUACCAAGUGCUGUUCGGCGUGCUUUAACAGGAUAUCUCGUCGACUGGCGCCUCAUUUGACCGCUGGAGCAGACGCCUCUGAGGACAGCUCGGAAUCCUCAACUCGGCAGCAAUGGACUGAGGAAGAACUUAAGCUGCUGAAACGCGCGCUUAAAGAACACGCGACGAAUUGGCAGAAAGUUGCUGAGAUGAUUCCUGGCAAGUCAAAUCAUCAGUGUAAGACUUACUAUCUCACGUAUCGCAAGAAGCUGGGGCUUGAUCAAAUUGUCACGGAGUACUAUGAGGCUAGGGGAGAAGAUUUUAGGAGGCCUUUUUUAACGGAUGAAGAAGAAAGCGGUAGUAGUACAAGUAGCUGCGAUGAAUUGGCUGUGCAUGAUUCUAGUGAUACUGCAAGCGCAGGUAGUCCUGCGAACAUAAUUUCCAGCAGUACGGCUCCGACAUUAGUGGCAUCAUCGAGUUCGACAAAACAAAAAAUGAUGUUCCCGGAGAAUACAGCAGACAUUAGAAUUUCGCUAGUCCCACCAGUAGCAGCAGCUUCGUCUUCGCAGCAACCAACGACUGGAGGCGGACCAGGUCAGCCAGCAGUAAACAGCCGCGAGGACUAUGACAGUUCUGCUACGGAGACGGCGGACGAAGGUCAAGGUAACACUGAGCUUGAAAGUACGGGUGGUGUGACAGUGACGCAGUCUUCAACGGCCAACACCAAUACGCUGAUACAAUCCCAGCAGCCCCAACAGACUCAACAGCCUCAGCCUCCACCACCACCCCCGCCGCCUGGCCACUCACCACCGACAACAGCCAGCAGUACAAAUCCUCUUACUGUAAAAGAUUUAAUGCUUGGAGUGAUAGAGAUGCAGCUUAAACGUAAUAACGUCAGUCCAGCUGGUCCUCCAGGUUCGACAUCUAGCUCUGGUUCUUCGUCGAUGUCAAACAUCCUCAAGGCUGAUCAUAGGAAUGACAUUACUUUUGUUCGCGAGUUCAAACCUGCCUCCAGCAUGCCCUCUACUGCCAUUUCCAAUAGAGAUUCUAAUUUAGCGACUCUUUCUGUUGUUUCCUGCCAUCGUUCGGCUCCAAGCCCUCAACAAAUUGGUCAAAUGCAAGCAACAAUAACCCCUUGCCCACCACCAGUCCAGAGCUCGCAACCUCAAUCAUCAGACAUGCUUCCCAAGGAAGGUCUAGUAGUAAUGCAAGUCCAGCAAGCUUUACGAGAAACUGAAGGCACCCUAGACUUGAGUAUAAAAAAGCCGCGUCAGCAGCCACCACCCCCUCAAGACUACAACCACACUCACCCGGCUCACAAGCCCCCAGUAUCCUUAUACCGCCCUGAACCUUCUCCAGGUUACUACCACCACCCCCACUCAGAGCAAGGCCGUGGGGCCAAGAGCCCCCUAAUCUACGCAUCAUCUCCCCGGCCGCAGGCUCCAAUCACCCCGAAGAUGAACAAAGUCCCCGCGACGCCUCCUCACCCGAAACUAUCUCCCAAAUUAAGCACCAUCGGUCCAGCUCACAAGGGCGGCUCAAUCACCCAUGGAACUCCCGUUCCCAGCGCUCGAUACGAAGGUCUGCUCCGCCAAAUGACUCCUCCAGGAAACUCCGGGUCAUCCGGAUCCUCCGGAGGAAACUCCGCACCAAAAGAGUCUGGCUCUAUAACCCAGGGAACUCCUGUCCACCCGUUCACAGUUUCUCUGGACAAGCGUAAUCCAAUGUAUGACUAUCACCGACCAGUUCGUCAUUCUCCAGCCACAACCAACGUUCCAUGUCAGACUCAGGGUGUCGUUGUAACUCACAGCAACCAGUACAACUCUUACCCUCCAAGACCGCUUCCUAGUUACACCAUGGAGCCGCAGUUGUCUUCCCGACAGAUAAUAAUGAACGACUACAUCACCAGCCAGCAAAUGCACCAGCGAGGUCGGACCAGCAGCAGCGAGACUCCUGGAAAAAGUGAACCACCUCCUUCAUCUGGGCUUUACUACACCAGCACUCCACCACCUCCUCAGUCACACACUCAACCUCGUCAAGGUGUAAUCCAGCGACACAAUCCGCAGAAGCAGAUUCACUAUCAGCCUCCGCCAGCUGGUCUGGAAGCUUUUUCUAGCCUUGUAGAUGUCGCGGUUCAGCAACCAAGCUUGCCAGUUCCUCAUCCGCACGCUCCGCACUCUUCUUCAAGCAGCAAAUCUAAACAGUAUGUGGACAACAACAGAGCGUACCGGGAACAGGAGAUCCAGCUCCAGGAGCAGCAUCGGUUCGCGAUGCAGCAUGCGGAGCGGAUUCAUCAUCAGCAACAGCAGCAGCAGCAGCAGCAGCAACAGCAGAGGGAACGAGAAAGAGACCUUGCGCACAUUCGUGAAAAAGAGGAACAGCAGCAGCAGCAGCAGCGGCUGCAUCGGGAGAAAGAGAUGCAGCAGAUGGAACAACGCAUUAGCGAAGGAUCUUCCACGCUCACUGCUGCUAGUCUUAUUGAUGCUAUUAUUACUCAUCAGAUCAAUCAGAGUUUUAAGACCACUGGGGGAGCUACUGCGACGAUUAAUCCACCUACUAGACCUGGGGAUAGACUUUUCCAGAGUUUUCAUCGAGAUAAUCCGCCGGAACCUAAUGGUGUCGCUCAUAGUCCGGCUGGUGAAGCUGCAGCUGGUAAUAGUGCCGCGCAAAAUGAACCAACUCAGGAUGUUAAAGCUAUUACUAUUGGAGAUCAUGUUGAUCAUAUUGUUACGAAAGAGUAUGCACCGCCUCAUGGGUCUUAUAGAUCGUAUCCUGGGUACACAAUAUCCGACGACCAAUGGAAGCGCCGUGAAAACGAACCAGAGUCAGCAAAAUCAAGCGACGAGCGUCAAAUAAUCCGAGUAUCUCAAUCGCAGCAGCAAAGCUCAACCCCGCAGCAAUCACAGCAACCACCUUCAUCUGGUAAACAAUUCCACCCGGUAGAACCAGUGUCACCUCCCGAGGCAACGACUAACCACUAUACAGCGAGACGCUACUACGAAUCUACCACUGCCACAACAACUUCUGGGACUCCCUCUAAGCCCCAUCUCUCGCCUCUCGACUACGUCAAGAACAAGAUAGUCGAAGUAAUGCGGACCUCUGAGGAUGACAAGCCAGGGUCUGACCGUUCCAGCGGCAACGGGAACGUCGACAAGGACGACAAGCCAGCUGAAAGUCCAUCUACCGGUGAAAUGGUGAUCGAUGAGAGUCCUAGUCAGCCUACUCAGCCACCACCACCAACAUCUACCACCUUCUAUCCCUACAACGCUCUAGGUGUCCAAGUUCACACCGGGAUGCCUCAACCACCACCUCCAUCUGCCACAUCGUCUGCCAACGUCUCCAAGUCCGAACACAUGCAAGGAGAAUUCGUACCUCUGAUGUCCGACAAGUAUGAACCACUCUCCGAUGAGGACUGA